AUGCCGAUAAAUAGAUCGCCUCCUCUUACGGCUACAACUAAGUUAUCGCUCACUACGCCACUGUUAGCCCCGUUGCAACAUAGGUCAUCCGUGCCGAAUAUUGCAAGCGAAGAGCGCGAGAAGCGUUUGGAAUGUGACAUUCCUAACAUUACUCAACGUAAUAAACGUAAGUGUUUGGAUUUGGAUACCCAACACGACAACCAAAUUUCAGUUUUUAUGUCUGAGCUGAAAACCAUGUUUCUUGAAUGUAAGGAACAGCAGGACAAAAAAAUUGAAAAGAUUUACACAUCAAUUGAGGAGGUUAAAGCCCAAAACGUGACUAUUCAAUCUACGGUCACUUUCUUGUCACAGAAUUACGAUGCGCUGCAAGAUAGAAUCAAUCAAUUGGAGACACAACUUGUGACAGAAAGAGAAACUAAUUUGUUACAUCUACAAAAAUUGCAAGACAAUCUUGAAAAAAUGGAGCGGGAGCUAGGUCUACAUGUGUAG